GAGGCUUGAGUUUGUCUCGUCGCCACAGUACGACUGCCAGAGCGCAAGCUAUCGAGCACGACGACGACGACAAUGGCGCCGAAGAGCAGCAAGGUAUCGCGGCAGAACACACUGAAGCUGGUCGCCAUAGAUGGACCUCGCCCGGCGAAGAAGCUGAGACGGCUGAACCCCCUCACAAAUGGCGCACCGAUAUUUGAUCUCUCGCCCUCACCGUCCUCUUCUACGCACUCUCCACCUCCCUCGCAGCCGCUUCCUCCAUCUCAGCCUUCGUCGAACAAGAGCAGAAGCAAGCUCGAGUCGAACCGAGGCUUCAAGGUUCCCUCGAUACACGCAGGUCUGAGCGGAAAGGGAAAGGCCAAGGCGCAAGAGCCUGUCGCUGAUGAUUUAAUGUGGGUAGAUGUCUACGAACCAGAGACAGAGGAAGACUUGGCGGUUCAUAAACGCAAGGUGAACGACGUCAGGCAAUGGCUCCUCGAAGCUUUUCAACCGAGCAAGCUUCAGAAAUACCGCCGCCUCCUCGUCCUCACAGGCCCCGCAGGCUCAGGCAAAACAACGACCCUGCGUGUUCUAUCUCGUGAACUCGGGUUUGAGAUAUUAGAGUGGAGGAAUCCGUUGGCUGUCGCUACUGCCUCUUCUGGUCGACGUGCAAGAUUCGACAACCACAACCCCUACGACUCCGACUUAGACGACUCCCCCUACGACGACGAUCCAUACGAAUCCACAAUGGACAAAUUCGAAGCGUUCCUCACCCGCGCGGGGUCCUAUCGGUCCAUUUUUUCUUCUUCUUUGCCUUCCUCCUCAUCCCUAUCACCGUCUCCCGCUGCUCCUGGACCUUCAUCCUCUCGGACUCAGACUUCAUCACAACAACCGCCACAGAAACAGCAACAACAGAAACAACAGCUCAUCCUGCUCGAAGACCUCCCCAACAUCCUCCACCCCUCCGUUCGGGACCGGUUCCAUGCCACACUAAAAGCCUAUCUUGCCAUUCCUUCUUCUUACUCCUCUUCCUCUUCUGCACAAGCAAGCGAAAAUGAAAAGGGAAGAGCACCAGCCCCAAUCGUGAUCAUCAUAAGCGACACAGGCCUGCGGGGUGAAGGCUCCGAAGAGAAAUUUCUGGACGGGGUGGCGGGGGGUUCAGGUUCAGGAGGAGGGGGAGGGAGAGGAGGAGGGAGAGAGGAGGUGUUGGACUAUAGAAGUGUUGUGGGUGAAGUGGGCAUGGGUGCGGGGGCAGGGGGGGUUACGAGGAUUGAGUUCAACCCCAUCGCUCCGACUUACCUCACGAGCGCGCUCAAAUCGCUUCUUGUCCCGUUCGACCGCCAACAUCUCUCAACCUUCGACGGCCUCUUCGAAUGCAUCAUCCUUCAUCCAUCCCCCCCCCCAACAUCCCCGCAUGCUAAACGUCUGAUCGACAUAGUCGUGAGCGGAGCGGGCGGUGAUGUCAGGAGCGCGGUUAUGAGCUUGCAGUUUGCGAUGAGGAGGGUUGGGGGUGGGGUGGGCGGAAUAGAAAGCGGUGGGACAGAACGGGAAGGCGGAAAGAAGGCGACGAAAGCAAGGAAGGGGAGCACAAACGGAAGUAUGAACAUGAUGGACGCGGCGGCGCUGGCGACGUUGACGAGGAAAGAGAACGCGAUGGCGCUGUUCCAUUUGAUGGGAAGGGUGUUGUAUAAUAAACGAAAAAAUGACCCGCCCUCCUCACACGCCACUGCGCGCGAUACAGCGGCGGAGAAGGCGCUCGACGCGACGUUGCGCGAUCCGCCGGAGUUGCCGGGGUGGUUGAGGGGCAAUGGGGGUGGUAGUAGCAGUGUAGGAGUGGGGAGUGGAGAAGAGAGAAGGACGAGUCGGGUUGAUGUCGAUCUCCUGUACGCCUCGACGCCCAUCGACGCCUCGCUAUACAAUCUCUACAUCCACCAGAACUACACCCAGUUCUGCGAGGAGAUCGAGCAAUGUGAGCGGCUCGUGGAUGGGCUGAGCUGGGUAGAUGCGAGUGGUGGCGAGAACUGGUAUCAAUCCAAUCCGUACACAGUCCACAUCUCUACCCUCUCGACGCUCCACGCCCUCCCCUCGCCCGUCCCGCGCAAGAACCAGAAAAUGCAUAAACCUGAAUUUUUCGAGAAUCUGCGGAAGACGAGGACGGCGGACGAGGACGGCAUGGGAGGUGUUCGGGGAUGGUUGACCAUGACUUUCGCAACAGGUACGAUCCAGCCUGCGUCGCUUUGGUCGAGGCAUUCCAUCGUCCUCGAGCUGCCGGGUGUUUUAAAAGCGCUGAGCCAUCGGCCCUCCCACCCUCAUCGUCCACCACCAGCAAAUCACACAUUGUUUUCCUCCCUUCUCUGGUCGAGGCACGCAUCCUCCUCUAUGGCGGUGACACUGGAAGAAGGCGACGACGAGGCGGCAGGGGCUAUGGAGGAGAUGGAGAGAGAGAUGCCGGAGAGUGGGACGGCCGUGGAGGUGGAUGAUGAUGGGGAUGGUGGUGCUGCAGAGGCGCAGAAUGGGUGGUUGGAAGAUGAUGAAAUCGAGGAUUGGUGA